AUGAAGAAUUAUUGUUUAACUAAAGGAAAAGUAAAGAAUGUAAUUAACUACGCGAUUUUAUUAUGUAUAUAUAUAAUAAUAUGGAUACUACUAACUUUAUAUUGUUUGUUUAAUAAGUUAAAGAGUUAUAUUACAAGAUUACAACUAAUAUGUAAAUAUAUUAUUAUACAAAUUAUCAAAUGUAGUAAUGUGAACGAUUUAAAUUUGAAUAAUUUAAAAAAUAAAAGUAAUAAAAAUUUUCUAUUUUUAAAGAAUAAAAUAUAUAAUAUAUUUUAUAAUUGUCUUUCUAGAAAAAAUGGAAAGCAUGAUGAUAUUUUUAAAAUAUAUAAGAAUAUUAACAAGGUACCUAAACACAUAUAUAUAGUUUUUAAAAUAAGUGAUUUAAUAAUAUUGAACAGUGAAAAACUUAUAAAUCAUAUCGUUAAUAUAUUAAUAUAUUUGUAUGAAUUUAAAAUUGAGCAUGUAACCAUAUAUGUAUCUGAUCAUUUUUUCGAUUAUAUAUUUUACUAUGAUUUGUUUAGAUACUUAUAUAAAAAGAAUUUCUACAUGAAAUGUGUUAUAAAAGAGCAUAACAUAAGUAACAAUUAUAAUAACUUUAUUAGUAGUAAUGAUAAAUGUAAUAAGAAAAAUUAUUUUUCUUGUAAUUAUAAUAACCAUAUUUCUGAUACAAAUAAAUCUUUUCAAUGUUAUCAUCAUACUGAUGAAUUUGUCAUAACAAAAUUUUCUCUCCCGGAAAAUAUUCCUCCUCAAGACAAUUCUAGUCCAGAGUUAUUUUACCGAAAAAGGAAAAACAAAGAAAAAAUGAAUAGUAAUAAGAAUAAAAAAGGUAAUUAUAAGGAUGAUCAUAUGAAUAAUUAUAAGGAUGAUCAUAUGAAUAAUUAUAAGGAUGAUCAUAUGAAUAAUUAUAAGGAUGACCAUAUGAAUAAUUAUAAGGAUGACCAUAUGAACAAUUACCAGCAUAAUCAUAUGAAUAAUUAUCAUACCACAUAUUUUAGUUAUGAUAAAUUUUCCCUUCAUCUCAAAUUUUUAAAUAAAGAUAAAUCACACAAGCACUUGAUCAAAAUCGCAAAGGAAAAAGGAAAUAUGUUAUCAGAAGGUGUAUUAAUAAAUGACAUGUUAAAUUUUUCAUAUACAAACAUAGAAUCAGUCAUAGAAAAAAUAUAUGAAUUAGAUAAAAAUUAUAAUAAUAAAUACACAGAUAACAUUAAAAAUAUUAAAAAAACGCGCAACAUAUUUUUUUAUGUAUUUUAUUUUUUACAACAGACAAAACAUAUAUUAUUAUUAAAAAUGAAUUGUUUAUAUUAUAUGCUAUCCAAAAAUAUAUUGUUAAAAGGGUUAUCAAAGGAUAAUUUAAGAAAUUAUUCAUAUAAUAAUAUAUCCAGAAAUGUAUAUUAUAUAUGGAAUAUAUUAAAAUCACCUUUUUCUUUUCAUUCAAAAUAUAUAGAAAAAGAAAUAAACAAUAAAGAAAAAGUAAUAGGAAAAACUAAUGAGAGUAAAAAUAUAACCAUAAGUAUUAUACAUAAAUUAUUCAAUAAUGUUAUUACACAAGAUGAAAAAUGUAUAAAGAAUAUUAAAGAGUUAAUAAAUAAAAAUAUCCCUAUGUAUGUAAAACCAAUAUACCAAGAUAUAUUUAACCAUAAUGUUCAUACACUAUUCAAUUCUACGAGUGUUGAUAUAGUCAUAUCUUUAAGACUUAGUUUAUCUGACUAUCUCAUUGAAAUAUUUCAUUUGUUUUAUCACAAAAAAUAUAAUAAAAAAAAAUUAAACCCUUUCCAUUUUUUUAUGCAAUAUAUUAGUUCCUUUCUAUUUUUAUAUAAAGUCGUACAUCCUUUUGAACAAAAUGGAAUACAGCCAUGGGUUCUAUCCAAUUCCGAAUUAUAUGAAUUUUAUGGUUAUCAUAUUAAUUCAUUAAAAAAAUCUAUACUAUAUUAUAAUAGGUCUACACAAAGGUGUGGCCACUAA